AUGCUCUUAUCCGUCUAUUUCCCGGCGGACCGGGCCUUGAGAACACUUUUCUUCCGGGAUGUCUUGGGCCCGGUGGUGGAUCAGAUCACCUCAUCAUCUCACCUUCUUAUCAUCGGUGACCUUAACCUGAUUGAGGACCCCGCCCUGGACAAAACCUUGGGUUGUGGCUCAUCGUUGGAGAACGAGAAGUUUUUUCUGCGUUGCUGCAGCUUCCGGCUCUCCGAUGCGUUCCGGGUCCUGCAUCCACGCAAGAGAGAGUACACGUUUUACUCAGCGGCGCAGCAGGAGAGUUCACGGAUUGACUGGGCGCUGGUUUCUCAAUCUCUGCUGCCUCACUUGUCAUUGGCGUCCCAUGAGAUGCCGAAGGAGCCUAUUGCGGAUCAUGGCUUCGCUAUCCACGUGGCGUUCUGGCUGGAUGCGAAGGUCCGCACGGGGCCGGGUAUCUGGAGGCUCCAUGCUUCCAUGCUGCGCAGGCCGGGUGUUCGGAAGGUCAUUGAGGCGACGGUGCGGCGUACACCAGUCAAUGACGGCAGCAGUUUCGAGCUUCUGCUGUCGCGGCUGAGUGUUGGUCUCAGGUCCUACGCGAGGGAGGAGGGGAAGCGUGUGAAGGCCACGCUGGCGCACCUGCAUCGGGCAGUUGCAGUCUUAAAACAGGAGUUAAUGGGUGAUCCAGGCUGCGGGAGGAAGAAGGCGCUGCUGGCGGAAAAGGAGCAGCAGCUAAAGGCUGGCCCCAAGUCGACGCCUGCAGAGGGCUUGGCGUCUUUCCUGGAAGCAGACUCGACGGAGGAGGAGGUUAAGAGAGCAUUCGCGGCAAUGGUGAACAACAAGUCGCCGGGGGGUGAUGAGCUGCCGAAGGAAUUGUUUGAGAUCCACUGGGACCUGCUGGGGGGGAGUUUUAUGGCCAUGGCGUGGGAUUUCCAGGCAUCGUCUUCUCUGCCCGACGAAAUCAAGGAGGCGGUGACGAUUCUGCUUCACAAAAAAGGAGAGAAAGAUCAACUCAACAAUUACCGUCUGAUCACCUUGCUGAACUUCACUUACAAGUUUGUGGGGUGGAUCGAGGGCCUGCACAGAGACACAAAGACGCGGGUGUUAAUAAACGGAUGGCUGGGCGAGGGGAUGGAGGUGGUCUCAGGGGUUCGGCAAGGAUGCCCUCUGGCGCCCUAUCUUUUCCUGUGCGCUGUGGAGCCGUUGGCGCAGGAGGUGGAGCGAAGGAAGCUCGGCUUGUCUGAGGCAGGGCAGCAGCUCGGUUAUUUGGGCUACGCUGAUGACACGGCGCUGGUCCUGCAGAGGAAGCAGCAGAUUGUCAGAGCGGUGCAGUUACUGUCGGAGUUCGAGAAGGUCUCGGGGCUUGCGACUAAUGCGGACAAAACAGUGGUCUUACCUUUGGUCAUCUGGGAAGAGCUGAUGAGGCUGAUUCAGGGCUUCAUCUCCGGGAAUAGGGUCUCGGGAGCGAAGGGCUUCCAGCUCUGGAGUAGGGAGCUGCUGUUCAAGUGUAGAGCGGCCGGAGGGAUUGGAGUCAAGGACCCAGAGAUGGUCAUCAUGUGUCUGGCCGCAAGGAGGGUGGGGCUGUUCCUUAUUGAGCGCAGCCUGCUGAAGAAGGAGAUCAUGACGCUGGCAGCGGACCUCCCUCUCGGAGCGGAUACCUUUGAGGCGCACGAGAAGCUGAUUAAGCACUGGUCCGGCCGUGGCAUUCGCUGGAAGAAGACGUGUGAAAUUUUCAUGCGGUCUCCUUUUGGGACCCGGGCUCCAGCUGGCACCAGGGAGGAAGUGCUGCGGGAGAGAAUUUUCUUUAAUCGCGAGAUUCUACUAAACGGUACCACGCCGGUCGGAGGGCAGCAGGAUGCUCAGCGACUGAAAGGGGUUCGCCUGGGUGAUCUGCUGGUGCAAGGGUCUGACGAGGAGCUGGACCUAAAGACCAUGGCGGCGUUAACUCAGCAGCUGGGGGGUAACGGCCCGGCUAAGCUUGCUCUCAAGGCACUGAGGGCUCUGCCUGCUGCUUGGCAGAGUCUGUUGGGUUUUCCAACUGUCCCUCCCUGCUCGGCUGACUCCCCCUAG